ACCAGACCCCCGCCUCCGGCUGAGUAGGAUAAAUCCCACUCGGGGAUAAGAGAGGGUCAGAAUCCAGUAAGCCAGCAGAGGGGAAAGUCCGCACCUUCUGUUAAGUCCUUCCGUGCUAUGGGUGGGCCGGGCCGGUGGAGGAGAACCCCACCUGGCGUUGCAGGUGCCUGAGUUUCAGAACCAGAAUUCGGGGUCCCUCAGAUGAGCUGGGCCCUAUGAUGACAGGGUGGGAUGCAUGACUUCCGGGUCGCCGGGCGGAAGGCGCCGAAGGUGCACCAACCCCGCGGGGACCAGGACUCCGACCAUGGCUCGGCUCCCUCAAGCCAGACUUCAACCUGAGACCCCGGACCUACUGCGGAGACGCGGAAGGUGGUGCGCAUGCGCGGGGGGGGGCGGCGGCGGCCGUUCCCCAGUACGUGCGCACGCGCGCUGUUGUCCCCUCCCAGCAUUCCGGGUGCCGGCGAAGCGUGUGACGUCAAGUGGUUUAAUCCGGAAACGGCGGCGACGGCAGAGGCGACAGAACCGAGGGGCUGUGGUUGGUGGGCGCUCCAGGGAGCCGAGCCAGAGGAGCGUGACCCGGAAGCGGAAGCGAACCCCCGUCCCAGCUCCGCGAGACUUGCCCCAGGCCCACCGGUGGGCUCCUGCGGCCAUGGACCUGUUGUUUGGGCGCCGGAAGACGCCAGAGGAGCUGCUGCGCCAGAACCAGCGCGCCCUGAAUCGUGCGAUGCGAGAGCUGGACCGUGAGCGACAGAAGCUAGAGACCCAGGAGAAGAAGAUCAUUGCAGACAUCAAGAAGAUGGCCAAGCAGGGCCAGAUGGAUGCGGUGCGCAUCAUGGCAAAAGACCUGGUGCGCACCCGGCGGUAUGUGCGCAAGUUCGUGUUGAUGCGGGCCAACAUCCAGGCCGUGUCCCUCAAGAUCCAGACGCUCAAGUCUAACAACUCCAUGGCACAAGCCAUGAAGGGCGUCACCAAGGCCAUGGGCACCAUGAACAGACAGCUCAAGCUGCCCCAGAUCCAGAAGAUCAUGAUGGAGUUUGAGCGGCAGGCGGAGAUCAUGGACAUGAAGGAGGAGAUGAUGAACGACGCCAUCGACGACGCCAUGGGGGACGAGGAGGACGAGGAGGAGAGCGAUGCCGUCGUGGCUCAGGUCCUAGAUGAGCUGGGGUUGAGCCUGACAGAUGAGCUGUCAAACCUCCCCUCCACCGGAGGCUCCCUCAGUGUGGCUGCCAGUGGGAAGAAGGCCGAGGCCGCAGCCUCCGCCCUAGUCGAUGCAGACGCAGAUCUGGAGGAGCGGCUCAAGAACCUUCGAAGGGACUGACUGCUCCCUCUGCCACCCCAGGGAACCAGCAGAUGGCCCAGCAUUUUCACUGUACCUUCUGUAAUAAAAGAGAUUGAGCUCUA